CAGCAGUAAAGAGGCCCUGGAACGCUGCACAGAUUCUACAUGAGAGAAAUUCGGGUUUCUUUUACAUUUUGGAAAUGUUGGGAAAUGAGUUAUUCUUAUGCUUCUAUGACUCGCUAAAGAAAUACAAGUUGGAUGUCAGUGUUUCUGCAGGUGAAGCUCAGUGUUAACUUGUCACAUUUACCUGUUGCAGCAGGAAGGAUGCUGGGAGUUGUGCUGGGCAGAAGGCUUGCACUCUAAACUCACACCCUUGGACUUUCAAUUUAAAAACUGCCGCAGAAGAGAAAAACCAGUUCUGCGAGACAAUUGUGAGAUGUGUACGUGUGUGUGUGAGAUGUGUGCGAGCGUCGGACAAUUGUGACUUCCUCCGAAUUGGGAGAAAGAAGAGGAAGAGGAAGAAGAAAAAGGAAAUAGAAAGAGUAUGAGAAGAACAGGUCACAGCCUGACACGUAUAGGGACCUUCUUGUUGCACCAGAAUGAGACAAAAAUGAAUGGACUUGUCUGUAAUUGCACAGGGGGCAACACACCCACUGGAGAUGGAGGGAGCUGAGUAAAUACAACUGACUUUCACAUGGAUGGGACUCAGUUGAAGAUUGGAGGAAUGCGUGGGUGGCUCAAGCAAAUGUUUAAGAAGGAUCAGCAGAAACCAGCCAGACCUCCCAAACCGGAGACCAUUUCUAAAUUCACCUCUGAUCACAGCAGCAGCAGCAGUGAUUGGAAUCAUUUGGUGCCAGAGGAAACCUCACCACCACCAAAUUCUCGGAUUUCCUGGCCAGAACACUGCAAGCGUUGGUCACGCCAUUAUGAUGCUUAUAUCUGCCAUAGCGAGAGAGACUCAGAUUACGCCAUCGAAUUGCUUCAUUAUUUGGAGGCUCAGCCGGAGGAUCUGCGCUGUUUCCUGCCCAUAAGGAAUUUGCCAGUCGGAGGCCCAAUCCCAUCGGAGAUUUGCAGCAGUUUGAGGAACAGUCACUGCUGGAUUAUGCUGCUCACUGCACAGUUCCUCGCUGAUGGCUGGUGUCAAUAUCACAUGCACCAAGCUCUGGCGGAAUCACCUCUUUCCGAAGGGAGAAUCAUUCCUGUUAUGAUAAACCUGCAAAUGUCUCAAUAUCCAUCGGAGCUAAGGUUUAUGCAUGCCAUCAGGUCCCAGUCCUGUGAUGCCAGCGAGUUUUGUAAAAUAAGGGACGGCAUUUACAGCUAUAUGAUAAACAACCUGCAGACUAUUGACAGUACAAUGGAGAGGAAAGAUGCGUCAAGCAGUAACAUUGAUGAAAGUAGCGAUGAGACCCAUAAAUCCUGCAGCAGCACAAUGGAAAGCAAAUGCCAGGCAGAAGAAUCCAGCAUUAACAUGAAGGAAACAAGCUGUGAGGCACAGACACCUUGCAAUUCCAUGCACAAAAUAAGCACCAACAUACUGGAGAUCAGCACUAGCAUGCAAGGAAGGCGCUGUAAAGCGCAGAAGUCCUGCCGUAAAAUGGAGGCGACUGAAAUCUCCAGCAGGGACAUGGAUAAAAGUAGAUACGAGACACAGGAGUCUGGUAGAGAAAUGCAAGGCAAGGCCGGGAUAGACUUUGUGGAAAGGCACGGAGAAGCACAGCAGAACUGCAGAGACAUGCAGGAAAGCAGUUGUCAGUUACAGGGGUCCAACAUGGACAUUCAGUGUAUAAGUGAUAAGACACAAAUCUAUAAUAUAGAUAAUUGUCAUGAUGCACAAAACCCCUGCAGUAGCGCACAACAAAGGCAUUGUGAUACACAAAGAAACAAUGAUAACGUAGGAGGUAGUUUAGACUUAGAGCAUUGCAGCCUGGAGGACACAAGAGCUACAAAGCUACAAAUCCACUACUCCAACAUUAACACACAGACUGCACAGAAGCCCCCUUCUUUAAGCAGAGCUCAUAUAUACACACGCCUAAACAACGGGGACACGUGUGAAGGUGCCCUGAUCCUGAACCAAAAGACUGGCUCCUGCACAUGGACUUCUUCUUGGAGAUCAACAAAUGAGUAACAAUUAUACAACAAUGAGCCUGAAAUGCUGCUCUUUACCAUUGGAAUUUAUGGGCAUGUCCAAUACCUGUGUGUUUGGGUCAUAAAGUGUAACUAUAUAACAGACCCUGCAACUGCUGGGGGCCCAGGAACUAUAUGGGGCCCAGUGGGACUAUUGACAGGUGUAACUAUAGAGGAAGCAGACCCUGCGGCUGCAGGGAGGCCCAGGAGCUAGAGUCCUGCAAGGAACCAA